CUACACAAAUUCCUUCGCUCGGCAGUUCGCUGCUUACACUACGUGGCUGCACAUCGUCGCAUCAUCCGGAAAUGGCCAUGGCCCAAACGGCACGCACCGCGACGGCAAGGCGUCCCACGCAUGACUACCACAAGCCGACGCGCUCCAAGUCCGCCAAUCCGGCGCAACUGCGUCCACUUAGCGGCAUCCAUGGCGCAGCGGUGUCAUCGCGUCCGCGCUACGUUCCACCCUUCUCCAUUCAGUCGCAGCAGAAGAACACGGUCGUCAUCGACGGACCCAUCCACGAAACCGCCCCCAAGACAGCCAGUGCCAGGAGUCGGGUCCCCAAUCCAAAAAUUCUGAGGCGCCAGCAAAAGUCCAUGUCCACCUUCAAUUUGGGCAUGGGUCUUAAUGGCUGCUCCGCCGGAGGGGCUAAUGAUCCGGGACGAGGAACCCUGUUCCGCAUGUACUUCGACCGCGGCGACCUGCCCAUCAAGAUGGAGUAUCUCUGCGGGGGCGACAAAAUCGGAUGGACGGUGGACAUUGAGAAGCUGGACUACAGCCUCUAUCUGCCGCUCUUCUUCGACGGCCUGGCGGAGACGAAGCAUCCCUACAAGACCUAUGCCCGCCAGGGGGUCACGGAUCUACUGCUGGCCGGGGGCGAGAAGAUACACCCGGUGAUACCGCAAUUAAUAUUGCCGCUGAAGAACGCAUUGAGCACACGGAACCUGGAGGUAAUGUGCACGACAUUGAAGAUAAUCCAACAGCUGGUCAUGUCCUCGGAUUUGGUGGGACCCGCCCUGGUGCCCUUCUACCGCCAGUUGCUGCCCAUGUUCAAUGCCUUCAAAGUGAAAAACUUAAACUGCGGCGAUGAGAUCGACUACGCCCAGAAGAACAACCUCAAUCUGGGGGAUCUGAUCGAUGAGACGUUGCAGGUGCUGGAGCUGCAUGGCGGCGAGGAUGCCUUCAUCAACAUCAAGUACAUGGUGCCGACCUACGAGUCCUGCUACUUGAACUGAACUACGCUUCAUGGUCUUGUUCCUUUACAUGCAACAUCAUAAGUAUUUAUUGAAUUUUACAAAACAUUGCGGCAUUAAAUAGAUAUUUGUUAC